AUGCUCUACUCCUGCGUGGGCUACUGUGCCACCAUGCCAAGUUUGGUCGUGGACAAUUACCGGGGAAAGGAGACAGGGUCCGUGGUCGGUAAAAGGAUAGAGAAUAACGGCAGAGUGGACCUGACUGCUCCCUAGACCCCAACCCUGGGUGGAUAUAGAAUCCGAUUAUGACGAACCCUCUGUCCGGACCUCCUCCAGAGACUUGCUCAAUAACGAUAUAGACGCGUACAGAGGAGCAGAGGACUGGGACGAGAUGAGGGGCGAGGGGCAGAGUGCUCCUGAGCCGGGUGCGAUGUCAAGUUUCUCCAACGGCUCAGGGAGCAAGAAGCUGCCGCAGGCGAUCAUCAUUGGGGUAAAGAAAGGAGGGACGCGCGCGCUGCUCGAGUUCCUCCGCGUGCAUCCAGACAUCAGAGCUGUGGGAGCGGAGCCGCACUUCUUCGACCGUAACUACGAGAAUGGACUGGAGUGGUACAGGUAA